CAAAACACCUAGUCAAAUUCCUUGUAUGUGUAAAUAAUAAUGUACUUGGCAAUACAAACUGAUUCUGAUAAUGCAACUUGUCAGAGAAAAGUAGUGACAUAUUAUUAAUUCUAAACCUAUCAGUCAAUGAGGAAACCCUGGUCAUAAUAUGGUUUGAAUUAAAAUGAUUUACAACAACUAUAUAAUGUAAUUAUUCUUUGUGUAAUAUUACAUUUUGCACGGCGACCUUGGAAAAGGAAGCUUUAUCUCAAUUACUCCUUUUUUUUAUUUUAUAUAAAUGAAGACGAAACGCACGCAUAGAAGAACCCGGAUGACGUCACGACAGUUUACCUGUCUGCCAAACACACCUGCUCUUAACGAAACAUAAUUAUCCGCCUGCAGGUGCCGCUGCAGCGUCAGUCGCGCUGGUUUCCCCUCCACCAACAACUGCACCAAACACUGUUUGAAGUGAUUACUUUGUGAAAACAUUCUCACAUUUAGCUCCAGACGAUGUCACUGUCAACAUUCAGCCCGUUGAGUCCGCGUGCAGCUGCUGCGCAGUUACUUUGUUUCUCUUUGUCGCAUUGGAUUUAAAGGAGAAGCGCAGUUACUGGAUAUUAAUUUGGGGGAAUUGCACUGAAGUUGUUAGCCGUCGAUGGUGGCGGCCUCUCUGGAGAUGUGUGGUCACUAUGGGAUGUCGUGGUGAAAUGUCCGUCAGUGACUUGAAUCGUGUCUUUGGUUGAUUUUUGGGAGACGGGACGCAGAGAGGAGGAGGUGGAGGAGGAGGAGGGAGCCGGAGAAGUAACAGCCGAGGAGCAGAGUGGAAGACGUGCAGCUAACCGACACUGAAGACAGCCUAAAAAACUCGGAGGACACGCGAAGGACACUGGCAUUGCUCCUCCUGGACCAUGGGUAACCACACUGGCAAAGACAGCCAUGGCCCCAAAGGUUCUCCUUUAGAUUUCUUCCAGACGCCUCCCACCACUCCCUCAGAGGGACAGCUGACCAGCAUGGCCUUAUCCCCGACAGCCUCCUCUGAUAAAGCACAGACGCCAUCGCCGGCCGGCAGCACCACCCCCCCUUCCACCACGUCUCCAAUCGCAGAGUGGUCACAGAAAGUGCCUGCUUCCUCAGAAUGGGCUGUGAUAAGUGUGGACAGCGUCACCCCCUCGGACACCAAAGUGAGCGAGAGGAAGACGGCAGGCAGCGCUGGCACCCCAGCGUCUCAGCCUCCGUCCAGAGGAUCACCUCUAGAGCAGAGCUGGCAGGAGAGAGACAGCGGAGUGGAGCCGCAGGCUGCAGCCGAGCGAGCCGAGGAGGAGAUGACUCUGGUUUUACUCAGUCUGAUGGAGCAUCAGAGGGCCUCACUGGGCCUUACUCCCAAAACUGAUGUUAUAACAGGAGCAGUAGAGCUGCUCAGGCGUUUGAUAACUGAGAGAGAUGAGCUGGUGGAAGAGGUGGACACACUGAGGGAGACUCUGAGGACGGAGAGGCUGGAGUGGCAUCAGUUCCAGUGUGACCUGCAGGUGGCGGUGUCUGUGGCCGACCGGCUGCGCAUGGAGUCGGAGCAGGCUCUGGGUUUACUUCAGCAUAGCCACAGGGCUGUGGAGGAGCAACUGGCCCUGGCACUGAGCCGACAGCAGGAGACGGACAGAGAGCUGCAGAGUCUGAGAGCCGAGCACACAGACGUCUGCCGCCAACUGGAAGAACUCUCCCUGCAGCAGCAGCGAGCUGAGCUGGACACUCUGAGUGACACACGUGCGGUGGAAGACAAAACGGAUGAUAAAGAGGCAGAGAACAGGGACUCUGAGGAGGGACAGGGAGAGGACGUACAGGAGCAUGUGGAGGAAGCUGAAGCAGAGACUGAAGCCAAAAAUGUGGAAAAGCAGGAGGAUGAAGGAAACGCAGAUAUAGAACCUGAUGCAGAUCAGGAUCCAGAGGAUGAAAAUGGAUCAGGGGGCAAGCAACUAUCGGGAAAGGGGGUGGCGGAAGGAUACCUCCGUAGUUUAGCUGCUCUGGAGAAAAAGAAGGGGGACGGACGUGUGCAGAGGGAUCCGAGGAGGAUUGUGAUGCUGUCUGAAAGAUCUUGGAGUUUAUCUCGUCUCCCGCUUCCAACGGACCCGUUCAGUCAAAGCGGUGCUGCAGACAACACAAGCACAACUUUACCACUAUGCAAGAAAGAGCAGCCGACUAAAGGGAGAAGGAUGGAUCGUAUUUUACAGCGUCAGGACAGUUGGUCCAGCUUUUACACCGCAAAACAGGAGGAGGACCAAAGCUCAGAAUCUAUCAAACCUCAGGAUGGUUUCAGUGCUCUGCUGCGGCGUCACGGCGGCUCCCGAAGAAACUCCCUGCUGCGCUGGUGCCAAAGUCGUACGCAAGGUUAUAAGAACAUUGAGAUCACCAACUUCAGCAGCAGCUGGGAGGAUGGUUUGGCGUUCUGUGCCGUUUACCACACAUAUUUACCAAAUCACGUCCCGUACGAUGUCCUCAACCCAGAGGAGAAGAGGGAAAAUCUGGACCUUGCUUUUAAGACAGGAGAGAAUGUGGGAAUCACACCCACGUUGUCAGUGGAGGAGAUGUUGAAGGCCGGCGGGCCGGACUGGCAGAGGGUCCUCGGUUACGUCGAAAGCAUCUUCCGUCACUUUGAGAUGUGAAGUCGUCUCCUCCAGCAUCUUUCUCGUACUUUUUUCUGUCAUUGGUGACUCAACCUAAAAGAACUCACAUGUUGUUUGUUCUCCACAUGAGGGAGCUCUCUUCAUAAUGAAUUUGUCCAGAAUGUAUCUGAAAAAUCAGACAUAUGAUGUUUUUAAUGUAUCGAUAC